AUGACAGGGUGGGUCCCAUUUGGAGUACUUUAUAGUGCAAUACUUUCCAUGAUUCCCAAUAUUCCAAUUGAUGCUCGUUGGAAACAAGAUGGAGUUACUGUUGCUGGAGGUCAUGGAGAAGGCAAUGCCACCAACCAACUCCGCUACCCUUACAGUUUCUUUCUUGAUGAUGAUCAAACGAUAGUCAUGACUGACAUCCUGAAUAAUCGUAUCAUGCAAUGGAAGAUGGGUGACACGAAUGGACAAGUUUUAGUUGGUAGAAAAGGUCAAGGAAAUCGAUUGGAUCAAUUGUACGCUCCAACUGAUGUUUUAAUCGAUAAAGAGACGGAUAAUUUCAUUAUUUGUGAUCAAGGUAAUCGGCGAGUUAUACGAUGGUCUCGUCGUAGUGGCACAACUCAAGGAGAAAUCCUCAUCAACAGUAUCGCUUGUUGGGGAUUGUUCAUGGAUGAUCAGAGAUAUCUCUACAUCUCUGACAUCGAUAAACAUGAAGUAAGACGUUAUAAAAUAGGAGACACGAAUGAAACUCUCGUUGCUGGUGGCAAUGGCAAAGGUGAUGGUCUCAAUCAACUCAACUUUCCGUGGUACAUCUUCGUCGAUCAACAACAGUCUGUCUACGUAUCAGAUGGAGACAAUCAUCGUGUAAUGAAAUGGAAUAAAGGUGCAAAAGAAGGAAUUGUUGUUGCUGGAGGUCAAGGUCUUGGGGACUAUAUGACACAAUUGUCGUAUCCUCGAGGACUCUUCGUCGAUACAUUGGGUACCAUCCAUGUGGCAGACUCGAAUAAUGGUCGAGUGAUGCGUUGGCCUAAAGAUGCGACACAAGGUACUAUCAUUGUGGGUGGAAAUGGUAAUGGAGCAGGAGCAAAUCAGUUAUAUGGUCCUAUCGAUUUGUCCUUCGAUCGACAUGGCAAUCUCUAUGUUGUCGAUUUUUACAAUCAUCGUGCUCAACGUUUUGAUAUCGAAUAA